UUUGACGCAAGUUCGGUUUGCAUAGACUUGAAUUUCGCGAUUGGAUGGAAUCGGUUCAAUUUGGGUAUCGUCGGCAUCUGGCCCGAUCCGCUGCAAAAUUCCAAACGUGGAUUGUCCCGAUGUCGUUUUCUGACAGCUAGUUUCUUUAUGCUGGGUUUCAUGUGUAUACCGCAAUCGGUAAAUCUGGUAUUUAUUUGGGGUAAUGCGGACAUGAUGACCGAGAAUUUGGCGACCGCCAAUAUCCCGGUCGCGAAUGCUUUCAUGAAAGCAUUCACCAUCUGGCAUCAUAGAAAAGCUUUGAAGCUGUUGGUCGACUUCUUCUAUCAGGAUUGGCACGCGCCGAAAACGUCAGAGGAGAGAACAGCCAUGUUGAAGAGCGCUAAGCUCGUCAGAAAGAUAUCUAUCUGGUGCACGAUACUAACGCAGACCAUGGUGACCAUUUACAUCGUUCUGAGAAUCUCGAUAAUCGUCAAGUUUCCACGAAGCGAUCCGGCUCGUCCCUUACUUUACACGGCCUAUUUUCCCUUCGAUGUUACUCGAAGUCCGAUCUUCGAGGUGAUUUGCGUGUGUCAAAUAUUAUCGGCUUACAGCGGAACAGUUUCUUACACCGGCAGCGACAGUUUCAUCUCCAUGCUGGUGCUCCACGUUUGCAGUCAAUUGCAAAACUUGCGCGGAAGAUUAAAAAAUCUCGCUAACAAUCCAAGCGGAGUGGGAACAGCCGAGGAGUUCAAGAAUGAACUGAGGCGAAUCGUGAAAAGACACGAGCAUCUGAACUGGUUUGCGAAAACAAUCGAAGAUUCUUUCAACACGGUAUUCUUAAUACAGAUGCUUUCUUGCACCAUUCAAUUAUGCUUUCAAGGUUUCCAUGUGUUUAGGAUACUAAUAAAUGAAGAAAAAAACGAAUCACCGACCUUCCAAUUAAUUUUUCUUGCCACUUUCGUAGGUUUUGUCCUAGUCCAUCUGUAUAUCUAUUGUUACGUCGGAGAGAUGUUGCUCGUGCAGAGUACCGAGAUGGGUUUCUCCGCGUAUGAAUCAAACUGGUUUAAUGUGCCUGGGAAAGAAGCAAGAAGCCUUCUAUUUAUCAUGCACAGAUCGUCGAUGCCGCUUUGCCUAACUGCUGGAAAAUUUAGCACAUUUUCCUUGCAAAUGUUUAGCAAGAUUGUGAGAACUUCACUCGGUUAUCUCUCGGUACUACUUACUGUAACCGAUCGAGGAGAAUAACUGGUAGCGGCUAAGCUCUGCUAUAAUUAUGUUAAUAAUCGUUGUACACACAGUUAUCGUUAAGCAACAUUAAACUACCGCUCAUAUUCACGAUGGCUCUGAAACUUUGCAUUGAAGUUUUUUUUUAUAUACAUUACUUCCAGUAGCUUCAAUAAACGUAGAUGAAACUAACAGAUAAGUUUAUUUCCAUGAUUCAGGAAUUUUAUUAUUUCGGCUGUGUAAGUAUCCUUCAUGCUAAAACUGCAUGUCUACCAAUGACAGGCUGUCUGUCUACAUGGGCAUACUUCUAAAUCUAAAUUAUUCUAUCGAUUUGAAUGGACGCCUGAUUGAGAUUUUCCACGAGCAAUCUCCUAGUAUUAUUAUUAACAAACGUGUAAUUAAAAAUUUCAAUCGUUAAAACUGCGAGAUUACGAAACUGUCUAUAAAAAAGUUUAUAUUAUCUAUUUAUUUUUUCGUGUCGGUUACAGUAGGCGAGAUUCAUAUAUAAAUAUUACCAGGGUAAAUAUGUAUAAAAGAUCAUACAUCGCCGAUUUAAUCGCCACUUAGAUAUGUUGUAGGGGAAAGUGUUCUGAGUAAUUUCCCGCAAGAAUAAAAAAAAUAACAGAUUAUUACAGCAUGCACAGACUUUAAUGUCAAAUUUUAAUUUAUUAUAUCUCCUAAACUAAUGUCGUCCACCACUUGAUUCUUGAUUCUUCGUCAGAACACUUCCCCCAACAACAUAUUUAAGUGGCAAUUAAAUCGAUGAAGUGUGACCUUUUAUGCAUAUUUACCAUAAUAAUUAUAAAUUUUAAUUAUAAAUUUAUUGAUUAACCUAAUAUAAACAAAAUAUAGUUUUUAUACAGUUUUUAUACAGUUAAUUAAUACAGCAAUAAUAAAUAUAACAUUAAAGAUAUGAUGGAUAUUAUUCUUAACAUCAACCGAUAGUUGUAGAAUGUACACAGUGACCAUGAGAGUUUCAUGUCUCACCGCUAUUUGCUUGUAAAGUUCUUCGAAAGAGGGAACCUUUGUAUUGUAACAGUGCUUACGAGAAACAAUUCGUUCUCUAUAUAUUUGAUUUAAGAGCUUACAUAAUUAUUAUUAAUUUUUGUUUGUCGAUAGUCAAAAAUAUGGAUAGAUUGCUGUAUAUGGCUCAGCAAUUUUUAAUAAUUCCAAAACUAUAGUAACAGUAAACAGUGAUACACACAAACGUUUUUUAGAAACAUAAAAUAAUACGAAUUUUUUUAAAUUUGUUGGUUCUAAUAUAAUACAAAAUAAUUUUUAAAAAAUAUUAAAAAAUCUGUCUAUAUAUAUAUAAUUUUUAAUAAAACUAUUAUUAUU